GGCAUCAGAUCCUCUAAGCUAGUGAGGCUCCUUCAUCCCCAGCAGAGGACAGAAGAAGAAGAAGAAGAAGAAGAAGAAGAAGAAGAAGAAGAAGAAGAAGAAGAAGAAGAAGAAGGGGAGGAGAAGAAGAAGGUGUUGUUAUCAUUCCGCUGCUCACCAUGCUCAACCCGCAGAGGUCUCUCUCCGAGCUGCCCAAGAUGUCCGCGGCCAGUCAGGUGGAGAGAGCCGUACUGGAGGAGGAAUUCAACUGGCUGCUUAAAGAGGAAGUCCACGCUGUCCUGAAGCAGCUCCAGGAUGUCCUCAAGGAGGCAUCAAGACGUUUCUCAACGCCGACACCAGGUCUGGAGAGUCAGCUCAAGCAGGAAAACUUCAUCCUCGGCAGCUCAACCAUGGAUCAGGUGAAGGGGGUGCUUACUCUGCAGGGAGAGGCUCUGAGUCAGGCUGACAUAAAUCUGAAGGUUGCCAAAAGUAGCCAGGGUUUGCACUUUCAGUUCAGAGACGACAAGCAGUGGAAGCUGCAGCAGAUCCAGGAUGCCAGGAACCAUGUGAACCAGGCUCUGCAGCUGCUCAACAGCCGUGAUGAGAGCUACCACUUCCAGACGGGGGCUGAGGUCAAUAAGCUCAUGGAUGCAGUGAUGCUGCAGCUGACGCGAGCACGAAACCGCCUCACCACCCCCGCCUCCAUGACUCUCCCUGAGCUGGCCACCAGUGGUCUGAUGAAAAUGUUCACUCCUCCAAUGCCUGGAGAUGUGAUGGUGAACUUUUACAUCAACUUGAGCAAACUGUGUCUGACGGUCUACCAACUCCAUGUGCUGCCCCCCAACACCACCAAGAAUUUCAAACAUGCUGGAAGUUCAGUGUUGCACAACCCUGGAGCAAUGUUUGAGCUCAACCACAACCGUUUCGAGGUGAGCCAUGUUCACAAGGUGGAGUGCGUGGUGCCUUGGCUCAACGAUACGCUGGUGUUCUUCACCAUCUCCCUGCAGCUCUGUCAACAGCUUAAGGACAAGAUAUCAGUCUUCUCUAGUUUCUGGAACUACAGACCUUUCUAAUCCUCCCCAAGUCAAUCCUCCAAACUAGUGUAAGGGACAUCCUGUGAAGGUUUUAUUUUGUAUAUGUUGUUCACGCUCUCGUUCACUCUAAGGUGUUGCAUGAAUAGGCGAAAGAGCCAAUCAAAUCUUAACAGGUGUCAUUAUUUGCCAUUUCCCACAUUGCAUCUUACAGCACUGACUUGAACUUCUGAAAGAACGAAUGUUAUUGUUGUUGAUUUAUCAGUAGGAUUUUUUGUUACAUUCAUUCUAUUUAAUACUAAGUAUUUAUCCCAAAGUUUUCAUGUGAACUGUUGUGUGGUAAGCUAAUGUGUGUACUCAGGGUUGGAAAACUUAGAAGAAGAAGAAGAAGUUAGAGUUCACAGCAGGAGUUUUGAGACACAUGGUCAUAAAGAUGACAUAAAGAUUAUCCAAACAUAUUUACACAAUCAGCUACUCUGGGUAUUUUAACACCUAUAAUGUGUAAGCGCUGGUUAUUUAUUAAGUUUCCAAAUGCAUAGAGUUUUCAAAACCCCUUGUUUCGGUUUCUUUUCACACAGAAAACUCCAAGUGAACCAAAAUCACUGCAAACAACGUGACUUGAUUUGAAUUGAUUUGAACUCCUCUUAUUGGUCAAAUGUAUCUAGGGCGGGAGCAAGUAAGUAAAUAUGGAUAGAAGGUAUAUUAUAAGGCCAAACCAGACUUGAAUUUCUUCUCUGAGACCGGCUGCUGCAGUGUGUGUGCUUUGCCACAUCCCAGAAUACAAAGCAGAUCUGGCUACAGAAGCCAAUGAUGCAUUUUGAAACUUUCUGGAAAACUACAUUGAUAAAAUAUUAAUGUGUACAAAUUGUGCCCAGGUACUGGUCAUGGUCAACACACUGGAGUGAUCCACUUAAAGGAAAAUUUCAACAUUUCGGGAAAUCCUGGAGUUAGUUCAGUUUGAUACUUCUCUCAUGCCUUUAACUAUUGAGCUAUUUUAACAGAGAUUGACAACUUGACUGUGGAUUUUAUUUCACUUUCACUAAUCAGGACAUUCGAGACAGAGUUCAAAGUUGAGUUCAAUAAGUUGUUCAAUUAUCAAUGCAGGGUGUGUCAUUGGAUUUUAAAAGAUUGUGAAGACAAAAUAAAACAAUUCUGUGGGGAGACACAAAAGUAUUGUGAAAAUAUUUCCCAUUGUGAGCUCUGAUGGGAAUAAAAUCAGUCCUUUACAGUCACUGUUAAGCUACCAGUCAUGUCUGUGAUUUCAAGUGUUUGUCUGUUCUGUGUUCAUAUUUAUUUUACAUAUUUUGCACACUUUAUUGAUUCCCUGUGAACCAAACACUGAUCUAAUUAUGAGCAAAUUACUUAAUUCCAGUAAGUGUUAUUCUCUAUUUUGAAAAGUUGUCUAUCAUAUCAAAUAUUAAAUGAUUUUUCUGUGCAAUAAAAUAUUCUAAACACUAAGA